AUGAAUAACCAAAUUAUGAAAUGGUCAUUGGAACAACUUCAGCAUAUUUAUAAUGAGCUAAAAGACGAGAAAGAAAUCGAUAUCAUCAAGAGAUAUGGGAACAAUGCAAAACGUUUUACAGCUAUAGUUAUAUUGUUUCACAUAAACAAUUUAGUCCUUGUUUUUUUCAUGCCAUUUGCAUUAUAUGCUUUUAAUGGUAUUCUGAAUAAGCAAGACAUAAAACGCGUAAUACAAGCGAUAAUACCUAAACAUUUUGUCGGUCGAGAACAUUAUUUCUAUUUGAUUUAUCUACAUAUGGGCAUAGCGCUUACGGUAGGAGGAACAGCAAUAGUGGCAACAGGAAUGAUGAUUAUAGCAUAUAUCAUACAUGCCUGCGGAAUAUUUAGAAUUGCCAGUUAUCGCAUCGAGAAAGCAAUAGCAAUAAAUACGCUGAACAAUGUUAAUUUACAAAACGAGAUUACGAUGUAUAAACAAAUAAUUCAUGCGGUAAACAUUCAUCGUAAAGCUAUCAAGUAA